CUGCAGCUGCGGUGUUGUGCUGUGGGGAAGGGAGAAGGAUUUGUAAACCCCGGAGUGAGGUUCUGCUUACCCGAGGCCGCUGCUGUGCGGAGACCCCCGGGUGAAGCCACUGUCAUCAUGUCUGACCAGGAGGCAAAACCUUCAACUGAGGACUUGGGGGAUAAGAAGGAAGGUGAAUAUAUUAAACUCAAAGUCAUUGGACAGGAUAGCAGUGAGAUUCACUUCAAAGUGAAAAUGACAACACAUCUCAAGAAACUCAAAGAAUCAUACUGUCAAAGACAGGGCGUUCCAAUGAAUUCACUCAGGUUUCUCUUUGAGGGUCAGAGAAUUGCUGAUAAUCAUACUCCAAAAGAACUGGGAAUGGAGGAAGAAGAUGUGAUUGAAGUUUAUCAGGAACAAAUGGGGGGUCAUUCAACAGUUUAGAUAUUCUUUUUAUUUUUUUUCUUUUCCCUCAGUCCUUUCUCAUUUUUAAAAAUAGUUAUUUUGUAAUGUGGUGUUAAAAACGGAAUUGAAAACUGGCACCCCAUCUCUUUGAAACAUCUGGUAAUCUGAAUUCUAGUGCUCAUUAUUCAUUAUUGUUUAUUUUCAUUGUGCUGAUUUUUGGUGAUCAAGCCUCAGUCCCCUUCAUAUUACCCUCUCCUUUUUAAAAAUUAUGUGUGCACAGAGAGCCCACCUUUUUCAGGACACUGCAUUUUCAGGCUUGUGGUGAUAAAUAAGAUUGACCAAUGCAAGCGUUCAUAAUAACUUGCCAAUUGGCCCUGAUGUUCUAGCAUGUGAUUACCUCACUCCUGGACUGUGACUUUCAGUGGGAGAUGGAAGUUUUUCAGAGAACUGAAACUGUGGAAAAAUGACCUUUCCUUAACUUCAAGCUACUUUUAAAAUUUGAGGGUCUGGACCAAAAGAAGAGGAAUAUCGGGUUGAAGUCAAGAUGACAGAUAAGGUGAGAGUAAUGACUAACUCCAAAGAUGGCUUCAUUGAAGAAAAGGCAUUUUAAGAUUUUUUAAAAAUCUUGUCAGAAGAUCCCAGAAAAGUUCUAAUUUUCAUUAGCAAUUAAUAAGGCUAUACAUGCAGAAAUGAAUACAACAGAACACUGCUCUUUUUGAUUUUAUUUGUACUUUUUGGCCUGGGAUAUGGGUUUUAAAUGGACAUUGUCUGUACCAGCUUCAUUAAAAUAAACAAUAUUUGUAAAAAAAAACCAAAAAACAAAAAACAAAAAAAACACUAAUGUGCAAAAAGAAAACUUUUCAAGAUAUAAAACCCAAGACGUAAAAUUAAGUUCAUAGACAAACCCAGAAGACUAUAUUACUAUAAUGGUGGUAUGCAAUCCACUUAUAACUUUACUAUGCAGCCCAAAAGACAAAUCUAUCAAAAGCAAUAAUAGCUAUAGCAACAUGUUAAAGAGAUAGUCAAAAAGGCAGGAACAGAAAUGGAUUUAAAUGUAUAAUUUCUGAGUGUGUUUUAGCCUUUGUUUUUGUUCUUGUGUUUGUGAUAUAAGAUAAGCUGUCAUCUCUUUAAAAUACCUUAUUCUAUCUAUAAGAUUUUUUUUUGUGAAUCUCAUGGUAAUUACAGCACAAAAACUAUUAAUAUAUACUCACUAAAAAUAAAAAGCAUCAAAUUAAGACAUAUUACCAAAGAAAAUCACUUAACCACAAAAGAAGACAGUAAGAAAAGGAAGAGAGAAGCCUCAAAAACAAAAACAAAAACAAAACAAAACCAGAAAACAAGCAAAAAACAGCAGUAAUAAGUCCUUGCUUAUCAAUAAUAUCACUGAAUGUAAAUGCUCUCAAUUCUUCAAUUAAAAGGCAUAGAGUGGCUAAACGGAUAAAGAGAGAAGACCUAACUAUAUGCUGCCCUCAAGAAACCCAUUUACCUAUACAGACACACAUAGACUGAAAACGAAGGAGUGGGAGAUAUUCCAUGAAACUGGAAACCAGAAAAGAGCAGGUGUAGCUAUACUUACAUCAGAUAAAACAGACUACCAAACCUAAGAUUGUAAAAAGAGACAAAGAAGGUCACUAUAUAAUGAUAAAGGGGUCAAUUCAGCAAGAGGAAAUAACAAUUAUAAGUAUCUGUGCACCCAACACCAAAGCUCCCAAGUAUAUAAAGCAAACACUAAUAGAUCCAAAAGGAGAGGUAGACUACAAUAUGAUAAUAGCAGGAGAGCUAAUACCCCACUCUCAAAAACAGACAGAUCAUCCAUACAGUAAAUCAACAAAGAAACAGUGGAGUUAAACUACAUACUAGAUCUAAUAGGCCUAACUGCAAUUUACAGAACAUUUCACCCAACGGCUACAGAAUAUUCUUUUCAUCAGCACAUGGAACACUCUCCAGAAUAAACUAUACUUUAGGCCACAAAACAAGCUUGAAAAAAUUGUAAAAAAUAGAAAUUAUAUUAAGUAUCUUUUCUGAACACAAUAGAACUAGAAAUCCAUAACAAGAGGAACCUCAGAAAAUACAAACACAUAUAAGUUAAACAACAUGUUCCUGAAAGACUAAUGGAUCAAUGAAGAAAUUAAGAAGGAAAUUUAAAAAUUGCUUGAAACGAAUGAAAAUGGCAAUACAAUGUAACAAAAUUUAUGGGAUAUGACAAAAGCAGUACUAAGAAUGAAGUUUAUAACAUAAACACCUAUGUCAAAAAAAAAAAAAAAAAAGGAAA